GGAGGACUUAGCACAGGGAGGCUAAUUCAGUCCAGGCCACUCGUGUUACCGCCUCCUUCUGGUGCCAAGGGGGGAGAGGAGAAGGGCUCAUCGCGGAAUAUGGACCAAGACGGGAGGAGGAAGGCUGCUUUUUUUCCAGGAGGCGGAGACCAGGGGAGCUUUUAGAUUUGGGAGGACAGCCGAAGAGCAGCAUUGAGAUUUUCUGCGAUUUAGCAGAGGAGCUGUGUGAGUACACAGCAUGAGGAACCACAACAACAAAAGUUUAGCAGAAGAGGACCGGAAGUGAAGAAAAGGGAGGUAGGUGAGAUGAAAAGCUGAGAUAGAGAUAGAGAUAGAGAGAAAGGGAGGGAGGGAGGAGGCAGAGCGGAGAGAUAAGCAGGAAACAUGACAGCAGAUGGACAUUGGUCGACAGGAGGUGCGUUAGCCUGAAACAAGAGCACCGGCGGCAAAACAGAACCCAGGCGAGGCGGCAGAGAGAAUGAGUUCAGGCUUGUCCUUCAUGAUCGCUCUCCUCUGCUUGGGGAGCCUGCUGUCCACCGUCACCUGGUACAUGAUAGACGAUGACAGCGUGGUGGCCUCUUACAAACCGCCCCCUCAAAAGAAAAGUUCCCCUAAGCCUUCUGCGCUUUGUAAAGGCUGCAGGGAACUGAUUGACAACGUGCUGAAGCGCCACUCUCAAACCUGGAAGAAGAACGAGGAGAAUUACCGUACAUUUACCUCCAAGCUGAGCCGCUCGUGUCGAGGCUUCGACAAGGCCAUCAUCACGCAGGGCAACACCCCCGUGGGGACCAAGAUUCAGUACGAUGGAGAAAAGUCCAGGACACUACAGGUCACCCCCGCCAUUUUCAAAACAUUCAUUAAGGAGCAUCCGUUCUCCAACAGGACGUUUGACACGUGCGCCGUAGUCGGCAACGGCGGCAUCCUGAUGGACAGUGGCUGCGGGAAAAUGAUCGACUCGGCUCAGUUUGUGAUGAGGUGCAAUCUGCCGCCUUUGAACGACGAGUACGGGGCACACGUGGGCGUCAAGACGGACCUCGUGACGGCGAACCCGAGCAUCCUCAAAGAAAAGUACGGCUCCCUGGUGGGACGACGGCGCAACUUUGUGGAGAGUCUUCAAAGCUACGGAAAGUCCCUCAUCCUCCUCCCUGCCUUCUCCUACGGCAUCAACACGCCGCUGUCAUUGCGCGUGUCCUACACCGUCGAGGACUUUGACAGCCCGGCCCGUCCUAUUUUCUUCAACCCGGAAUACCUGCGAAAUCUGUCCCAGUUCUGGACGGGCAACGGCCUUAAAUCGCACCGCCUCAGCACGGGCAUCAUGAUGGCCAGCAUGGCGCUGGAGGCGUGCGCCAACGUGCACCUGUACGGCUUCUGGCCCUUCAGCAACCACCCGCACGGACUCUACACGCUCACCAAUCACUACUACGACGACAGGAAGGUCAACGCCAAGUUCCACGCCAUGCCGGUGGAGUUUGACAUGCUGCUGAAGCUGCACACUCAGGGCGUGCUCAGGCUUCACCUGGGGGACUGUCAUAGCGACAAAUAGUAGUCCCAAAAAAGACCACCUGUGUGACUGACUUGCACUGAAUACCAAAGACUUUUAAAGGUUAUUUAUUAUCCAGCUGGAGUCUGGACGUUUCAAAGGAGAAGCCAUUUUGGGGCCUUAGGGAGGGUUGACACGGUGCCUUCUGUUGAAAGUGAAUGUAACUGAAAAAUAAUCAUGUCUGCUAUUGUUUACAUACUCCACAAACACCAGCACGUGUACUGUAGUGUCAUAUGUGGGGGUUUUUGUUCAAAUUGGCUUUGUACUUUAUUCCUGCAUGAUGGUUUUGAUCACUGCAACUGCUGCAGCUUUUAACUGGAAGCCCGCACAUCUUAGCUGACAAUAACAAGGAGUAUUAGCGCCACACUGGGAAAAGAAAUAUAAUGUAAAUGUAAAAUGCCGUAAUAUUACAUGAUUAGAAAGUUAUAAAGAAAGUGGCAACACUGUAUUAUGAGAAAAACACUCUAAAUAAUGCUGAAUUUGGACGGAAAAAAUGUCAUAAUACUAUCAGGAUAGUCAUAAAUAAUGCCAGGAUAGGAGAAGAAAAUACUCUUCAAGCCUUUUGUUUGUGGGGGAAAAAAUGGCAAAAAUAAUUGGAGAAUAUGGUUGUAAGUUUUCAAGGAAAACUCACAGCUUUUCAGCAAUAAAGUUGUAAAUUUUGUGCCAAAAAAAGGCUAAAAUAUUGCAGGAAUGAAGUCGUAAUUUUGAGCGGAAAAGUGUUUGGAACGUUACAAUGCUGUUAUGUUACAGGAAUAAGUAAUAUAUAAAAAAAAAAGAAUGAACACAGGUAAAAACCUCAAAACUUAACAAAAAUCAAGUCUGAAUAAAGUCUUAACAUUACCACAAUUAAUUAGUUGUAAUUCUAUUAGCAAAAAGGUGUAAAGUUGACAAAGGAAAAAACUAUUAGAAUAAUUCAUUGGGGAAAAAAAGCCUCAUAAUCAUUGUAGCCCUAAUACUCUUUUGUUUAAAAUGGUACUUUUUCAAAUGUUCAAAUGCAGCUCAUUUUGACUUGGGG